GCUAAACGAAAAUAAAAGUUUAGGGCCCUUGUAUUGCGAAAGACCAGAUUGACUGAUGGGGAAAGGAGCUCUCGUGAACUUUUGGUAAAAUUGAUCUCGUUUUACAACCUUAUAAGUAGCCAAAAGGUUCACCUCAUAAAUCUUAAGCUUCCGAACUCCGGAUUGAUUAUACCACACUCUUUUAAAAGUCUAUUGCAACAAUGGUGAGAGAUAUCAAUCAAUACCGCGUGCAGCUGAUGUUUGGCGCAAGUUGUGUUGAAUGCUAUGCUAAUAUUACCCUUCACAGCUCGAUCAACUCAUUGGUCUCGCGAUGCUCGUCGCUGCUUCGGUCGUCUUCCUCUACUACACUAUCUGGACCCUUCUUAUGGUAUAGAUACUCUGCUUUCCUUCUCUCCGCCGUCAAUAAAUAUCUUGAGAGCUAAUUUUUGUGAUCAGCCAUUCGUCGACUCCGAUCAUCCUCUUCAGAAUGUGUUUCCUCCUCGAGUCUGGGCAAUUAGAAUACCCGUUAUACUUAUCCUGAUGGCAUCGGCUGUAGUUGGAUCAUUCUUGAGCGUGGUAAUGAUCAGAAGCAACAGAAAGAAGGCUGCGAAAGCGAAGGCCACUUUGAAGAAGAAGGCGUAAUGGCUUGUCUAUACUGGGGAGGGGCGAAUCGGUUAAUGGGAUUGGUGUUGCGGCAGAAAAAGUGUAGUUUGAGUGAUGUUGAACUCAUUUUAUGCACGGCCGGAAGUCAGUGGGAGCCUGUUGGCAAGGACGGCGCAAAUUGUGGAAGGGCUGGGCAAGAUCUCUUCAGCAUUUGUGAGGAAUGUGUGUAUGUUAUAAAAUACCCAUAUUACUGUUGAUAUCACUUUUCGUUUCAUGGCGGCAACGGUUAUGGUAUUAGUUGGAAAUUGCAACUCUACAUUGGCACGAGCGGAUCCUUGGAAAUCAUGGACGGUUGGCUUUAUGUUCCAGCAUAAUCUGAAAAUUCUAGGAACAGUCACACUAGCAACUUUGGAACAAUGAGUUUCCUGUCUGGUGUACCUGCAUGAGCAUGGUAUUCUUGGGUAUUUCUAUUGCGGUACUUGGAUGGUCGAGCUAGCGAUCUCUUUAUUAUGGAUGAUCUGCUAUUUGAUUUUGCUUUCAUAAUAGUCAAUUUCUUGUCGGAAACUACCUACUAGUAUAUCUUCCAGUCUUGACAUGGAGAAGAUUAAGAGGCUUCAAGCCAGAGAGAGAAAAGGGCGUAACUUAUCGAUAGUUUUAGAGAUGUCUCAAUCACAAUAUAGUGUCUAUGUAGGUAUUGAUCAGAUCGGCAUCCGU